UUGACGCUGACAGCUAAAAUUAGACCCAUACAAACUAAACCAACCAACCAACUCAAAUCAAACCACAUUAUGUUGUCGUUAAUCAGUAUUGUUCUCUUUUUUUAUUCCGUAAAUUGAUUAUACAAUCACAUUCUCGAGUAAAAAAAGAACAUGACUAGAACGAUAUCACAUUACACAUCAGUAAACGGUAUCAAUCAAUUUGUGCUGAUUUGUCCUGUUCUCCGAAAUAAAUAAAUAACUUUGCAAAAUUCUGAAACACGUCCCAAUCUUAAAAUCUUGGCAAAAAACAUCUCUUUAUGCAAAUUAAUUCACUGCCAUAUUUUGGGUGCUAACCACACUUCGUAUGGCACAAAGCAAGCCCAAUGUUUUUCCUUUCACUCUCAAAUCCCCAUAAUCUCUCUGCUGCUACAGACUGCAAACAAGGCGAGUGUUUACAGUCCAAAAAAGCACUAACGACAACAUUCCUCCACAAAGAAAGAUCUCCAUUUUUUUAAACUAAAAAAUGUCGCUUCAAGACCGUAUUGCGGAAUUACAGAAAAAUUCCCUUAGUUGGAAAGAACGGGUGGAAAAGCCACAAGAUUCCUCCUCCCCAGCUACGCUUUCAACGGUCAAAACCCUCCUUACAACCUCCCAGACGACUUGGAAGGCUCGGGUAGGUCAAAAAGAUGCACAUUUGUUCACCGUGAAUGGAAAACUGCAACGAGAUAAGAUUUCCAUACAAGAGUUUAAGUCAGAUAAGGAUAAACCACCUGUUGUUAUCGAACAUGAAUCGUUCUACCUCCCCCACUCGUACAAUCCGAAUGAUUCUCAUUUUAAAUCAUUCUUUCCAAAAGAAGUACAAGAUUCUGAACGGGUUGAAAUUGAUUUGGAUGUUGAAAUUCCGAUAAUCAAUCCUCUCCCGGUUUCCAAGACUUACUGCUUUGCCCGACCGAGGAAACCAGUUAAAAAGGUGAUAGCGGAAAAACAAUCAACGACGACAGUGGUCGCAAAGGCGCUUCAGUCUACCUGCUCGUACAACAUUCCGCUUAAAACUCCCCAGAUAAAGAAGGAGACGAAAAAAUUGUACAAAAUUAAGGGCAGGAAGCGACCAAUUCCGAUUCAAAUUGAGAUCAAAGUGUCCAACUUGUCUAAUCAUGACUGUUUUGUGUUAAGAACUGAGGAUACUGUGUACUGUUUUUAUGGCGAGUAUGCCAAUUUGUUGGAAAAAACCAAAUGUGACGAAUUUUUCGUGUAUUUUGGGGAGAAAGCGUGUCGCGUUUAUUACCAAGGGAGUAAUUGGAGGGCAUUCCUUAAGGAGUUCCCCCCUGCAGGAGGAGGUGGAGAAGAGGAUGAGCUGGAUGAAGGGGAUCCAGGAGACGAGGGGGAUUUACGGUAUGAGAAUGAGGUACUUAUCAAAAUGUACGAGUGGGAUGGAGCGGGGUGGGUGGGCGCGGAAAUGGAGUGGGAGUUGACAGAAGUGAAGGGUCCUCGAAUAUUUGAUUUUGGAACCGAACUUUACUUUUAUACAGACCCACUCCAGAAAGCAAACCUACCCGAAGCGACACUUGAAGUCUUUCGAUCUGAAAAGUACUUAACCUUCAAAAAAAUAAAGAAAAACUUAGAGCCGAUCGAAUUUCGAACCAAGUUUAACAGUAAAAUUGGCAAGAAACCGAAAUCAUCACGUGGUGGCCGAACCAAUCACAGCACAUCUAUUUCUACCACUUCUGAAAUCUCGAGCAUUUGGGAAACCCAACUCACACUCGACUCAAUCCCCUUUAACAAUCUGACCAAUAUCACUUCAGAUGAUCCCACAAUGGGAAGAUCAAUCUCAACAAGCACAAUCACGCUUACAAAGACUAAAAUUACCUUAAAUGUCACCACCACUGACUUUGACCUAUUGACCUUUUACACUACAGAUUGUUACUUGAUCCACUGGACAUACCGGUUAACUUAUACGACCCACCGGUUGGUCAAAUCUCAACCCAGCAGUACUACAGAGGGCAGAGAAAGGACAUGUUGGUUCUGUUGGUAUGGGUCAAAGUGUAAUCCGCUGGACAGGGGACGAUUGUCAACCUUAUUUUCGUUAAAAGGAAAUUUUGAGUCCGUUUUUGGCAUUACUAUAAGUUCUGAAGGGGAAAAGGUAAGUGUGGAGGAAGGGAGUGAACCUGGCAUAUUUUUAGAGUUAGUGGGAGGGGCAAAGUUUUUUAGAGGAAUAAAUUCUGAUAUUUUUGAGCGAAAGAUACACGAGGGGGUUAGUUUAUACACAGAAGUUGAUGAGUUUUAUGAAGAUGGAGAGUAUUUUGACGGUGAAUUGGAAAGACUGGUUCCUGACGCACUCCUGGUUAGAAAUGUUCACAAACAAAUUUACAAAAUAACCCUGAAACACUCCUUACUACGUAUUUAUGAACUUUUAGAUUUCAAAAUUGUAAAAUUAAAUAGGAACUUGAACUAUUUUAUUAUCGGGGAUUUACGAAAUUGUUUAAUUUUAUCCACAGACUCGUUUGUUGAGAGGAAAAGUAUUUUAUUUGCAUUACAGGAACUAGAUUUUGACGAUUUUUUCGUAGCUUUCAGUUUGGAAGAUUAUUUCCAAGAGUAUUUUUGUUACACGGGGAGUUAUUUGAUAAAGUUUUUGAAGGACUUAGAUUCUGGGGAGGGCAAGUUGGAGAGAGAGUUUGAUUUUAGAAUUUUUAAAGAUUUUUAUCCAAUGGGGGAGGUGGGGACGUGCUUAGGGAAAGAUAUCGUAGAGGACAAAUUUAAGAUGAGCCUUGAAGAAUUUGGACAGUUAGCUGGCUGGAGGAAAAAGUUGUUAACCAAAGGCGUAUUUUAUAAAUAAAGACAGAUUUUUAUUUUAAAGGCAUUAUAUUGGUCAAUUUCAACUUAUUAGCGAAAAUAAGCAUCAACCCAGUUGCUACUAC